AUGGCGCAAGCUGCCUGUAAGCCUUCUUCAGUGCCAAACCGAAAGGAGAUGGAAGGGGAACUUCAAUCAUCGCAAGAAGAGAAUCGCAGGUUUCGCUCGGAGCACAACACGCUGCUGAUGCAGCUGGACAACUUGAAGGACGUUUUGCAGCAGAAGUUGGCCGAGUUGGAGUCUCAAGCCGUUGAGUUGACCGCCGCCGUUGCGCAGCGGCAGCAUCUGCUGGAACAGGUAGAGCAGUUGCAGUCGGAGCUGGCGGCAUGUCGAACGCAGCUGGCGUCUGAACGGAGGAGGGCCGAGGAGGAGCAAAAAAAACGGGAGAUGCAGGAGCCGCCUGGAGCCUGGGAGCCUGGAAGUGGAGAGGAGAUGCAGCUGGCCAGAGCCAAGCAGGAACGAGCCGCACGGCUGGUGAAGCAAAGCUUAAAGGAUCAGGCUCAAAGUGUGCUGCCGGAUGAUCGUUUGGAGAGAGCUCAGAGAGAGCUCAGUGAGUUGAAGGAGGAGUUCACCAAAAAGGAGGAACUUCUAAAAGAGGUUCAGUUGGAAGUCUCGCAGCUUCGGGCCACAUCUGAGGCAGCUGAGGCUGCGCAAAAAGCUGAGGAACUUCGCCAAGCUGAGCUGAAAAGCAGCGCUGCCGCAGCAGAGGCGGCGGUGAACCAACGAAUUUCGGAGGUGCAGAAGCAGUUGGAGACAUCUAGGGCGCAAGAAAAUCGCUUGGCUCAGAGGCUUCAAGAGUCCCAGGAACGAUUGAGAGAGGCACAGGCCCAGGUGGAACAGCUUCGCAGUGACUUGGAACAGCUUCAAAGUCAGCUGGAGAAAGAGCAGACGGAGAAGGCACAAGCUCAAGCUGAGGGAAAGGUGGAUGCCGAAGAUUUGAGGAAAGCCUUGGAAAAAUUAGAAGCGGAAAGAGCUGCGGGUGAAACGGCAGAUAAAGCCAAGACUCAUGAACGGCACGAACCGCCCAAGGCGGUCGAAAAGCAACUGCCAAGCCUGUCUGAAAAUUUCGGAUCCCAAGAAGCCCGAGAAGCCACCAGCUUCCUUUCAGAUGAGAAGCUGCUGACGGACCAGUCGCAGCAAACCGACCCUGGAGAACAGCUUGAAGAGCCUCAGCCGAAUCCCCUGGAACAGGAGCUAGCCCUGCUACGCGGCGACAAGGCCCAGCUGCAGCAGACCAUCAAGGCCUUGCAGGAAGAGCUACGCCUCGCCACCGAGACCGACGGCCAGGGCCAGGGUAGCCAGGGCGGCCAGCCACAGGCAGCGGCAUCCAGGCACGCCUCGCGGACGCGGCCCAGCGGCCAACCGGCAGACAGGGAGUCACCCUGCGAGUUCUAUGGUGAGCCGAAGGAUUUGAAGGAUGAGAUUUCUGGGAUGUUUGAUUAUCCACGGGUCCUUACCAUGGGUGGUGGUUGGCUCUCAGGGGUCAGCAAGAAACAUAAGGUGAAGCAGCUGUUGGGUGCAACUCAGCCGGCCAGCCCAUCGCCUCGAGGCCGCUCGCCGGAUUUUGAGAAGCACAUGCCAGCCGAGUUGGUGGCCACUCGCAUGCCCAGCCCCUCGCCCUGCCGUUCCAGUUCUCCCACCCCUAUGGUCCCACGCACCGCCAAAGCCAAACGAAGCACAGUGUGCCGGUCCCCACCGAGACACGAGUGUGCUGAGUGUGACUCAGGGCGGCAGCAAAGAACCGCUCGAGCUCCAGUCACCCAACCAGUCGCGCAGGGUCUGCCAGUGCAGGAGUGGGACAAGGCAGGGCAUCCUUUGGGCAUCGAUUGUGGGUGGUCGGAGCCGCCCAACGACUUGACGGAUGGUGCAUCCAAAGCCAAUUUGGCCAACAUUGACAUGGCGACUGCUGCGCAGAUACACCAACGAGUCGAUAGCAAGAGCGGCACAGUGGCACCGCGCCGUGCGGGUCGCGAUGGGGAGACCUUAAGGAGGACCUUCUCAGGCCACAGCAGCAUCAGCGAAACGGUUCCGACCUCGCGUGUCUUUCCACGGCCACGCAGCGCAGCGUUGCUCCCGGGCUUCCGUGGGCGUGGCAAUGUGAGGCGCUUAAGACCUUGCUCUGCCACGGGGCUGUGA